UUCACUUCACUCUCACUUCCUUCUGCAGAUUGUUAAAUCAUCGUUCUUCUCCAAAAAUGAGAUCUCAGAUUUACAGAUCGCUCCUAUCUGCUACUUUGAAGCGCACCUCUCCUUCCUUUUCAGGAGGAAAAGCAGCCACAGCAGCUGUAGUUUCAUGCAGAAGAAGAAUGUCAUAUUUAGCUUCAUACAGUUUAUCGGAGUCGGGAAAUGCAUAUAGAGGUUGGAUAUCUGGAGUCCUUGCUCUGCCUGCUGCAGCCUUCAUGCUUCAAGAGCAGGAAGCACAUGCUGCUCAGAUGGAGAGGACGUUUAUUGCCAUAAAACCAGAUGGGGUGCAACGAGGACUGAUCUCUGAGAUUGUCUCCCGGUUCGAACGAAAAGGUUUCAAACUUGUAGGAAUCAAGAUUAUAGUUCCUCCAAAGGACUUUGCUCAGAAGCAUUAUCAUGAUCUCAAGGAUAGGCCUUUCUUCAAUGGGCUGUGCAACUUCUUAAGCUCCGGACCAGUUCUUGCCAUGGUUUGGGAAGGCGAAGGGGUGAUCAGAUACGGCCGCAAGCUCAUAGGAUCGACCGAUCCUCAGAAUUCUGAACCCGGUUCAAUCAGAGCAGAUUUGGCUGUUGUAGUGGGAAGAAACAUUAUCCAUGGAAGCGACGGCCUUGAAACCGCCAAGGAUGAAAUCAAGCUGUGGUUCAAACCUGAGGAGCUGGUUAACUACACGAGCAACGCGGAGAAAUGGAUAUACGGCAUUAACUGAUUUCACAGCUUUUGGUAUUUGUUCAAAAUAAUAGCCUGCCUUGCUUGAAUAAAGAGUGGGGAAGCAAAAGAAAUGAUGGUGAUUUCAUGCUUUCUUUAGGUGAGAAAGAGCAUUGGUUAGAGGGAAUCUGCUUGAUCAAAUUUUGCCGCAGUUGUCUUCUAAUAUUAGCAAUCUUGCAUUCUGCCUUUGGCUAAUGCACCUUUUUAUUUGUGACUUUUACAGUAUUUGUUGAAAUUGCUGGUAAAGCAGACAAAAAAGGAAAUAAACAUUUUAGAAGUUGAG